GCCUAUCGCCCGCAGUCAUGGAAAAGUUGUACACUACUAAAAGACACAUGCACCCACUUACACCCACAUCCACCUGCAGCACCGCAUAUCUCCGUCCUCCGCCAGACGCGGCUGCACCCAAUUAGACUCUCCCCCGUCGACGCCCGCACGACUCGGCCACAGCCCGCGCGCAAAACGCUGAGGACCAACACCUGCGCGUCGCACCGCUGUUUGCAAUACCCCAUACCGCGCAUUGCGUGCUGACAUAGACAACAUGGAUCUCGUCAACUCCUUGAACGACCGACUUCUCUUUGCGGUCCCCAAGAAGGGCCGUCUUCACCAGGUGUGCCUCGACCUCCUCCACGGCUCCGACAUCCAGUUCCACCGCCACUCGCGCCUGGACAUUGCGCUCGUCAAGAACCUCCCUCUCGCCCUCGUCUUCCUGCCCGCUGCCGACAUCCCCACCUUUGUCGGCGAGGGCCGCGUCGACAUUGGCAUCACGGGCCGCGACCAGGUCGAGGAGCACGAGUGCGGCGUGCCGCCCACAGCCACGACCGGCGUCGUCGAAGUGCUGGACCUCGACUUUGGAAAAUGCAGUCUGCAAGUCCAGGUCCCGCAAAAGGGUGACCUGGCCAAGCCCGAAGACCUCAUCGGCAAGAACGUCGUGACCAGCUUCACGAACCUGGCCGAGCGGUACUUCAGAGAGCUCGAGGCGAAGCAGAGCGGCGCCACCAACGGAGACGCCAAGGAUGCGAAGCUCAAGACCAACAUUAAGUAUGUGGGUGGCAGUGUCGAGGCGGCGUGCGCGCUGGGCGUUGCGGAUGGAAUCGUGGAUCUCGUCGAGUCGGGCGAGACAAUGCGGGCCGCGGGCCUCAAGGCGAUUAGCACAGUGGUCUCGUCCAGCGCGAUCCUGAUCAAGUCGAAGCACCCCUCAGACCCCAAGCUGGUUGAUCUGAUCACAGCGAGGAUAAAGGGUGUCAUCACCGCGCAAAAAUACGUCCUCUGCUCGUACAACAUUGAGCGCUCGAAGCUCGACAUCGCCAAGCAGAUUACGCCAGGCAAUCGCGCGCCGACCGUCACGUCGCUGGAGGAGAGCGGCUGGGUCGCCAUCUCCGUCAUGGUGCAGCGCAAGCAGAUUGCCGUGGUCAUGGACAAGCUGACCGAGGCGGGCGCUUGCGAUAUCCUGGUCACCAAGAUUGAGAACUCGAGAACCCACGACUAGAUGGCCUCUGUGGGAAAGAGAAUAGAGCAAGUAGAGGCAGAUGAGGUAGAGGGAAAUAUGCAAUGGACAUGUGGUAUAUCCAGCUUUGGAAGUACAGCCUAUGGGUAUCCAGCUUUGGAAGUACAGCCUAUGGGCAUCCAACUUUGGAAGUACAGCCUAUUUGGAAGUACAGUCUAUUUGAAAGUACAGCCUAUUUGGAAGUACAGUCUAUUUGAAAGUACAGCCUAUUUGAAAGUACAGCCUAUUUGAAAGUACAGCCUAUGGGU